AUGUCCGAACUCGUCGAAUUCGAACUCUUCAAACUUUUGCCGAAGGAAGUUAGACGCAUAGUAUGGCGUGAGGCCCUCGAAGAACGGCUCGUGGCCGUGGCCCCCAGGGUGGACUGGCUUGCCCGAAGAAGUCGUCUGCCCGCCAUGUCCGCUGUUCAUCGAGAAAGUCGCAAAAUUUUCUUGGGCAUAUACAUUCGACUGAUCAGAGAGUCUACGGGCAUGCCUCAUAACACAAGUUCCUUUGAUUGGCUUGUCAAAGACCAUGUCUACCUCAAUCCUGAUGUUGACACCCUCAUUCUCGGUACGAUCGUCGACAGACUAGGGGGCUUCCGAUUUGCGCUCGCCAGCCCUCAGUGGCGUGAAAAGGUUGGCGGCUUAGGGGACUUGAUUACAUCGCCAACCUUCCCGAGCUAUAUCGAAAAGCGACUUCGAAAAGUGCGUUUACACGACACCUGCUUCCUGCAGCGGAUAUUCAACCGAAGACUUGAUAGAGGCGAAAACCUCUUUUCUUACAGCCCUUUCACCCUUUGCCCCUCAGCGGGACCCAUUCCACUUCCCAGUCUUCAAUUUCCAUGUCUCGAGGUCAUCCACCUGGUUUCUCUGCUUUGCAUUCCAAUACCAAGGAGCACGCCGCAAGGUCCGACAGGAUUAUCCCUGCGUGGCAUGGGGGUUUAUUUUCGUUACAUACUGCCAACCAAUAGGCUCUACUGUUAUCACGAGUCGACCCUACGUAGCGAGUACCUUGGAGGUAUACGGCCGAACGAUCGAAUUCCUGACGAUUACUUCAAGGUCGACCCGAAUGAUAGUUGCGGUAUCCGCAUCGACAUCUUACGCGACAGCAAUCUCGAUUGGGUCACUGACGCCUAG